UCACUAGUUCUUAUUAUAGUAUCAGUGAUACUGAAUAUUUGGCUCUUUAUGUUUUUACCUUGACAGAAUCCACUCCAAAAAGCCAGGUUGUCUUUGUGGUCAUCAUGGCGAGUGCACAGCAACCUCACGGACUGAAACAUCGGAACAUCACAACCCGUUCAACGAGUGAGACCUGCAGUCCCGACGGGAGUGGAGAUGAUGUACAGCUGGAAGAUGUGACCCAGUGGCACAAGCAUGCACAGAGGGUGAAGGUGAAGAUCCUGCAGCAGGUCCAGGAUCAGUUGAGUGACAUUCUGGACAAAACUCUGAGUGAACCCGUCCAUGCGGCAGUUAAUAAUGGAAAACAGAAAAACAGUUCAUCCAGAUCUCACAGGAUGGACGAUGGAAAAGUGUUCAUGGAGCGAGUAUCACUGCUGGACGAGCUGUUUGAGAUCAACCACAUCAGGACCAUCUACCACAUGUUUGUGGCCGUGCUGCUCAUCUUCUGUCUGAGCACGCUAGCUGUUGACUACAUCGACCAGGGAAGAUUGGUUCUGGAUUUUGACCUGCUCUUCUAUGCCUUUGGGAAACUGGGAACAGUCACCUGGGUGUGGUUGCUGAUGUUUGUCUACACCCUGCUCCUCCCUUACUAUGCCCUGGUGUUUUGGGGAUCAUCAUACCAUCGCUCCACCUCCAAGUUGGGCAUAUCUGUGGGCACAGGUCUGGUCCUGGCUGUUCUCCAAACAUGCGUUUUGGGACUGUUCCCUAUCUACAUGGUGGUGGAGCACCAGCUGCCCCCAGCAUCACGUUUCAUUGUCAUACUGGAGCAGAUUCGAUUCCUGAUGAAGAGCUACUCAUUCAUGAGGGAGUCUGCCCCCAUUAUUAUGAAGAACGCACCCAAAGAAGGAGAGAAGAUCAGGUUCCCAACACGUUCCAGUUAUCUCUAUUUCCUGUUCUGUCCUACUCUCAUCUACAGAGAAUCAUAUCCCAGGAACACACACAUUAGGUGGAAGUAUGUUGCCGUUACUCUGACUAUGAUCUUUGGCUGCCUCUUUUACGGCUACUUCAUCCUGGUGCGCCUCUGUGUGCCCGUCUUCACGUCUGACACCAACCAGCCUUUUAGUAAACGAGCCAUGGUUCUCGCUGUCUUCCACUCAAUUCUACCAGGUAUAAUGCUGCUGCUGUUAUGCUUCUUUGCCUUCCUCCACUGCUGGCUCAACCUCUUUGGGGAGCUUCUUCGUUUUGCAGACAGAAUGUUCUACAAGGACUGGUGGAACUCCACCUCUUUCGCCAACUAUUAUCGCACGUGGAAUGUCGUGGUUCAUGACUGGUUGUAUUACUACGGCUACAGGGACUUCCUCUGGCUGUCAAAAAGAAAAUUCCGGACAGCUGGCAUGCUGUCCGUCUUCAUCGUGUCCGCCAUUGUACACGAGUAUGCGUUGACCAUGGGCUUUGGCUUCUUCUAUCCUGUCAUGUUUGUCCUCUUUGCUAUCUUUGGAGUGGUGUUCAACUUCACCAUGAACGACAAGCGACAGAGCCCGGUGUUCAACAUCAUCAUGUGGGCGUGUCUCUUCCUGGGCCAAGGCGUGCAGGUCUGCCUGUACUGUCAGGAGUGGUACGCCCAGAUACGAUGUCCUCGUACCGGGAAUAGUGUUUGGGAGUUGGUGACGCCUCGAUCGUGGUCGUGCAAAAGAUGAAGCCAAACCUCUGAACCUAACGGACUGAAAGGAACCAUUUCUUUUCUCCUCAUCGUUCCUCAAAGACUGUGAAUUUGUACUUUGGUGUAAGUAUGCAGGAUGUGAGUACACCCCUCACACUUGAAACAAUAUGAAGUAGUCCGUGUACAGCUAAAAAUCAUUCAUAACGUGUAAGUGAAGCGUACAGUUGACUAUAGGGGUGCUAUUUAAUGUCUACAGGGCUCUAAUAAUGUUAAAAAACCCUAUUUAGGGGUUAAUGCCAAUAGCACCAAAUGUAAUAUUGAAAUAGUAAUAAUUUUUUUGAGGGGAUCCAAGACUACUACAUGGUAUGUAUUGUUUUAUUCAGGGUUGUACUAUUAAGUGAUAUAAUAAAAUAUGAGCAGUUUAUUUGUGAGGGAUAACAUAAAUUUAGCAUAAAAUAACACACAUGGUAUCCCAUCUGCUGCUAUAAAAACCUUGCUGACAUGUAGCAUACUGCUUAAAAUAUGUAAUAUAUAUAUUUAUACACUACAGUAGGUACACUUGGAUUGUGUAGGUGUACCUGUGUUUGUUUGUAUUGCAAUGCAACGGCAUUGUACUGCAUACAAUGCAAAUAAAACCUGUCAUUGUUUUGCAAACUCAUUUAAAUUCAAGCUACCACACCUACGGUGUGUAUGUGUGCAUGUGCUGCAUGUUUAAUCCCGCCCAGGUUGAGGUUGAAUGACGUGGAGGUACAUUUUAUCAGCCUCCACAAAGCCUGUGUUUGUGUAGCUGCCAUGUCACAGACAGGAAGCGCAGGAUUAGCAUUAAGCGAUGGGGAGUAAUGCUGUGUACACUUUAAUACACACUAUUCCGUGUAGUGGAGUUGGAUGACUGCCAUGGUAUUGCAUUGCUGCUUCAGUAAUACACACUAUUAUACGUACUGUAUGUGUGUGGUAUCCGCAGUGUGUAUUUCUGCUUACAUUUCAUAUGCUGGAGCCUAUCCCAGCCAAUUUUGGGCUGGACUGGUCGACAGCCAAUCACAGGGCACAUAUAGACAAACAACCAUUCACACUCACAUUCAUACCUAUGGACAAUUUGGAGUCGCUAACCCAUACACGGGGAGAACAUGAAAACACCACACAGAGAUGCCCGAGCAGAGAAUCGAACCCAUGUCUCCUAGAUGUGUGGCCUGCACGCUAACCACUUGUACACCGUGCAGCCCCUUAUUUAUUAAGACAGUACAUUUACCAGAUAUGUAAAGAAAACUUUGUAUUAGUAUUAUUAUGUGUAUGAUUGUAGUUGGAGUUGUAUUGGUAAGUAACAGAGCUUUGGCUCUCAUUAUGUAAGAAAAGUAAAAAAAAUCUUUUCUUAGUGGGACCUACAUAAAGCAAAAUGGAUAAAUCUUCUUCAGUAUCCAAGGACUCAUCUUUGACUUUGUUUAGCUUGCAAGACGUUUGUGUUUAAACUUGCGCUCCCAAAGCAGCAUCAUCCCACACAAAACCUCCGCUAGGCUGGUUUUAACCCAGAAAAACCUCAGUAAGCACCAGGAAUGUUUGG